UAAGGCAGCACACUAAUGGUGGGUGGUUCCUGGGACAAAAGCAAUGUGGAGGAGGUGGCCGAGGCACUCUUUGCUUGGUGGGCCAGUGACAGUUGCACCUUUGAGUUCAGCCAACACCUGGCCUACCUGUACUCUCUGGCUUCCCUGGGGCAGUUUGGUGCAGAAAGUGAUGAUGUGGCCGCAGCACCGACUCUGCUGGAUCUGCCUGUGCUGAACAUUGCACACCUGGAUGGGAAAGAACCCUGUAUUCUCUAUUGCCAGCUUGUGAAGAAGACUGUUUAUCCAUUGGAAGAUAAGCUCGAGCUGUUCUGAGGGUUAGUGACGGCACCAACACCUCUUCCCGAUUUGAAGAGUUUGUGAGUGACCCGAGAGAGGUGGAGGAGGAGGAGCAUCAGAGGCUGUUUGGUGCCAUUGGAAGCUCAGAGGUGGACAUCCUGGUGCUGGUGGACGGACAGCUUUCUCUGGUGGUGCUUGAGCUAAAGGACGGCAAGUUGAUGCGUCUCACAGGGCUGGAGUGUGAGAAGGUCAGCUCUUGUCAGCGCAGACUGCUCUUCAGGAUGGCUAGUGACCCCAAACCAGACCAGGCACAGAUGUUGGUGGAGGACACACCAGCCUCAGUCACUGCUGCUGCUGCCACCACAGCCACUCCACCUGCUCCACCUGCCACUCCACUAGCACUGAAUGUGGACUCUGAUGUGUUGGAGUUCACGAGGGAAAUGGUGGAGCAAAGAAGCACUGCCAGACCAGGGUGCCACCCUCCUCUCGAACACAUAUGCAAACCAUCCUUGUUGAGAACACUGCACCCUCAACACACCCCAUGAAGUCAACACCCUGCACCAACACACCACGUUCCACCGUCGGGCCA